AUGCGCAUCGCAUUUCUACUCGAGACUCUGGUCGUCGCUGCUUUGGCCCUUGUAGGUCACGCGCAAGACGAUGACUGCAAGCAGGGUCUAAUCAACAACCUCGUCUUCGGGGAGGGAACGUUCGUUGGGCAGCAAUACGGGGACUCGAACAAGGAACUUUACUGCGAAACUCGAUGGAAACAAGGUCUGGUAGUCAAUGGUAUCGAGGUAUGGGCUAGCAAGGACAAUGUGCAAGCUUUCCGCCUACGCUACACAGACGGGACCUGGAGCAAACAGUAUGGAAACCCUAAGCCAGACGACUGGAGCCACGAACAGGUACUAUGGGAUUCUGGAGACAAGAUUGAGAGUAUCAAGAUCCAGCCCAACAAGAAACGGGAUUCCCCAGGAAAAAUGGAGUGGAAGAUCAAGGGAAAAGAGCCAGUCACACUGGGAUCCAAAAAGACAUGGGGUGACCAGAUAGAUGCCGAACUAUUCUCUGGCAUUUUUCUCGGCGUGUGGGGCAAAGGCGAUGCCGAUUAUCUCAGUUCUAUGAUGCUCCUGUUUCUCAAGACAGACGUCGAAGCUGCGGAAAUUAGUGAGAUGAAGUUCGACCAAACGAUUGAAGAAAUGAACGCAAAGCAAGAAGGCAUCGAGGAUAUAUUCAUGAGUCGUAUCGUCAUCGAGAACACGAACAAAUUCGGAGACAACAAGACAUAUAGCUUCAUCAACACUGGUCAGCGUGACAAGAAGAUGUCGGCUCAGCAGUCCACCACCCACACAAUCAGUGCAGGAACAGAGCUGACUGUCUCCGGUAAAGCCGGUGUACCCUUACUGGCUGAAGCUGAGGUCUCGGCAUCCGUUUCAGCGGGGUAUCAACUUGCGCACAUGGAGACCAAAGGUACAGAACAGACUAGCAUCUUCAAGAUGGAGUGGAAUGAAUCCGGAGAGUUGAAACCAGGGUUUGCGGCCGUGUGUCAAGCUAUUGCGUACAAGGGAACAUAUUCAAGUGGAUACACGUCUACCGUAAAAUCAUUCCUCCGCGAUGGGUCGUCGUUCAGCUACACGCAGAGGGGCCAUUUCGACUCAGUGGGCUACAUGGAAGGGAAAAGCAACUGCGAGAUCACUACGCUUGAUAAGGUACCGCCAGGUAUUGAGAAGAAGGAGGCCGACCCGAAGAAGCCAAAGGUGGCCCGACAGUUCACUGGCUAA